AUGGAGUCGGCAAAGAGUGCGACCAAUCACCGCUAUACAGGGAUGGAGCUGGUAAAGAGUGCGACCAAUCACCGCUAUACAGGGAUGGAGCCGUUAAAGAGUGAGGCCAAUCACUGCUAUACAGGGAUGGAGUCGGCAAAGAGUGCGACCAAUCACCGCUAUACAGGGAUGGAGCUGGUAAAGAGUGCGGCCAAUCACCGCUAUACAGGGAUGGAGCCGGUAAAGAGUGAGUCCAAUCACUGCUAUACAGGGAUGGAGUCGGCAAAGAGUGUGACCAAUCAACGCUAUACAGGGAUGGAGUCGGCAAAGAGUGCGGCCAAUCACCGCUAUACAGGGAUGGAGCCGGUAAAGAGUGAGUCCAAUCACUGCUAUACAGGGAUGGAGUCGGCAAAGAGUGUGACCAAUCAACGCUAUACAGGGAUGGAGUCGGUAAAGAGUGAGGCCAAUCACUGCUAUACAGGGAUGGAGUUGGCAAAGAGUGCGACCAAUCACCGCUAUACAGGGAUGGAGCUGGUAAAGAGUGCGGCCAAUCACCGCUAUACAGGGAUGGAGCCGGUAAAGAGUGAGGCCAAUCACUGCUAUACAGGGAUGGAGUUGGCAAAGAGUGCGCCCAAUCACCGCUAUACAGGGAUGGAGCCAGUAAAGAGUGCCUCCAAUCACCGCUAUACAGGGAAGGAGCCGGUAAAGAGUGCGCCCAGUCACCGCUAUACAGGGAUGGAGCCGGUAAAGAGUGCGACCAAUCACCGCUAUAAAAGGAUGGAGCCGGUAAAGAGUGCGCCCAAUCACUGCUAUACAGGGAUGGAGCUGGUAAAGAGUGUGGCCAAUCACCGCUAUACAGGGAUGGAGCUGGUAAAGAGUGAGGCCAAUCACCGCUAUACAGGGAUGGAGCCGGUAAAGAGUUCGCCCAAUCACCGCUAUACAGGGAUGGAGCUGGUAAAGAGUGAGGCCAAUCACCGCUAUACAGGGAUGGAGCCAGUAUAG